AAUUCCAACAUGGCAGAGGCUGUGGUCAGUCAGUCCUCCCCUCACUAACUUGGAAUGGUUUCAUAUCGCGAGCAGCCGCGUUUCAGCCCGGGCGAGCCACUCAUCUGCGCACUCACCGGAUCGAUGCGACGGUAAAAGAAAAAAAAAAAACAACAACAACAAAAAACCCGAAACAAACCUGACGCUGCCCCGUCACCUACACCGGCUUGAAGACAUGAUCACUAGCACCAGUAUUUAUGGUCUAAAGAUGCAGUGGACCCCAGAGCACACACAAUGGGCUGAGCAACACUUUGACAUCUCAUCCACUACCCGCUCACCAGCACACAAAGUAGAGGCCUACCGGGGGCACUUGCAGAGAACGUACCAGUAUGCGUGGGCAAAUGAUGACAUCUCGGCACUGACUGCCUCCAAUCUGCUAAAGAAAUAUGCAGAGAAGUACUCUGGGAUCCUGGAGGGCCCAAAUGAAAGAGCCCUGCUGUGUUCCUACUCUGACGGCACCACUGGACUCAUGAAUGGACGAAAGUCAGAGAAUGAGUCAUGGCAAGAGGGGAUUUACCCAAUGAACUGUGCUCCAGAUGUUAUAUCUGUGAGCAAAGCUGGAAUGACAGCUGCCCUACCCCCUACAGAUGUGUCGGCUAGCAUAGGCAGCUCCCCGGGGGUGGCCAGCAGCUUGUCUGAGCCUAGCUAUUCCAGCAGUAACUGUGGGAGCCACACAGCCACUACUCUCCACUCGGGCCUCCCCUCUCAGGAAUAUACUGCCAGUUACAACAGCUCCUACCUACAUUCUAGCUACAGUGGGCAGAAUACCCCAGCCCUUCCCACCCCACAUCCAUCUCCUUUGCACAGUGCUGGGCUCUUACAACCGCCACCCCCACCUCCUCCCCCUUCCUUAGUGCCGAGCUACAAUGCUGGGUCUCCAAACCUUCCAAAUUACAAUUAUCCUCCAACAGGGUAUCCUUCCCAGACUACUGUUGGCCCUGGUUAUAGCCCUGGGGGAGCACCCCCUCCUUCUGCUUAUCUGCCGUCCGGUAUUGCAGCUCCCACACCAAUCCCUCCCUCCACACUGCCUGGCUACCCCUACCAGUCCCAUAAUCAUACACCAAUUGCACCAACACCUUUGAAUGGCAGCACAUCCAACUCAUUAAAACGAAAAGCUUUCUACAUGAGUGGACAUGGAGAUAUGGACUCAAGCUAUGGUAAUUUCAAUUACAACCAACAGCGCUCUUCACAGAGCCCGAUGUACAGAAUAACAGAUAGUAAUGUCUCAGACUCAAACAGAGGCAAUGGCUUUGAGAGAAAUACAGAGGUGUCAUCUUUAGCAUUUAAGCCAACAAAGCAGCCAAUGUCCUCUGAUCAACAAAGAAAAUUUAACAUGCACUCCGGCAGAGCACUAAGUCCUCCAUCCUAUGGAUCAACCAAAAGCUCUGUGGGUGAUCUCAGAGCUGGAGAGCCCUACAGCAAGUUUGGAUCUCCCAUCAUGAGUGAGCAAACUGAAGAGCACAGACAACACCUCCCACACUCACUAACAGGGCCUGACAUUGGUACGGCUACCUCGUCCAUCCAUGCUGCGGAGGAGCAACUAAAGAACAGUGACUCCAACCUGGUGGAAAUGGUAACCACAGAAAUCCUUCAGCAGGGCCCUCCUGUGGACUGGAGUGACAUUGCAGGUCUUGAAAUGGUGAAAGCAGCCAUUAAAGAGGAGAUACUAUGGCCAAUUUUAAGGCCAGACAUGUUUAGUGGACUUGCCACAUUACCUCGAAGCCUCCUUUUGUUUGGACCUCAGGGAACCGGUAGAACGCUGCUGGCCCGAUGCAUGGCUAGCCAACUGGGGGCUGCAUUCUUGCGAGUCAGUGGCUCAAGUCUGGUGACAAAAUGGCUGGGGGAAGGGGACAAGAUCAUCCAGGCUUCAUUCUUGGUGGCCCGGUGCCGCCAGCCAGCAGUGGUGUUCAUCAGUGAAGUGGACCUGUUGCUGUCAGCCCAGCUCAGUGAGGAGAGCCCAGUGAAUCGCCUCAAGGCUGAGCUCCUUAUGCAGGUUGACAGUAUUCUGACCUCUGCUGAGGACCAUGUCCUCAUAGUCUGCUCCACCAAUAAGCCUGAAGAGAUCUCAGAGUCCCUUCGGAGGUACUUCACCAAGCGACUACUAGUCCCCUUGCCUGAUGGGACAGCACGACACCAGAUAAUCAGCCAGCUGCUUUCACAGAACAACUACUGUCUAAGUGACAAAGAAAUGUCACUACUGGUUCAGAGGACAGAGGGUUUUUCAGGGCUGGAUGUGGCCCAGCUGUGUCAAGAGGCUUUAGUAAGUCCUCUCCAUGGUAUUACUGGUACUGACCUGUCAAGUAUCCAUCCUAGUCAGAUGAGACUGGUCUCUUACCAAGACUUUGAUAAUGUAUUCUGCAAAUUCCAGCCAAGCAUAUCACAAAAAGAACUCGACAUGUACACUGAAUGGAAUAAAAUGUUUGGUUGUAGUCAAUGAAAGAGAACCAUCAGACACACUUACUUUCAACCCAGUAAUCAAACACAAACAUGUAUUUGGCCUUCACUGAACAAGAACAACAAACAAUGGUGACAUUAUAUACAGCAAAGGGAUUGUCUUUGAAAGAGAGAAGAUGGAGAUCACACAUGUGCAACGCUUUAUAAGGCUGAAGCCAACUGCUCACUAAAACUCAAAGUUGUAGAAGAUGCCCCCAGUUUAUAUAUACAUAUAUAUAUACUAUUCUGCUGAUUUUGAGAUUUAGUUGCUAUCAAGUGCCUGAGAUGGUGCUGUUUUUUUCUUUUUUUAAUUCUUUACUUUUUAUUGUUUUUCUUGCCCCACAAUCUUCAUUGGUGACAUGCUAAUAUAAAAGCUUUAAAAUGAGACAAAAAAUAGCUUUUUCUUGCCCAUUUGAAUGGUGUUCAACAGCUGUGUCCGUUUUUUCGUUUACUUACAGUAACAUUUGACAUUUACUUUUGUUUUUCAAAAGACUUUACAUGAUCUUGCUCUGCUUAACUAGCCUCUCCUGUAAGUAAAAAUACAAAAAAAAAGCUAAUAUUUUACAAUGUUCCUUAAAUUUAAACAAUAAAUUACUAUGUAAUUGCCUGUUAAAACAUUGUUACAGUAGUAAUUCAUAGUGUUUCACAUACAUACAUUCUGCCAUUUUUUUUCUUUCAAUGUUGUGUAUUUGCAAACUCAGGAAAGUGACAAUGACAUGUACGGUACCUCAUAUGCAUGUGUCGAGGCACUUCAAACAACAAGAGCAUUUGGCUUGCAUUCAAGACGUUUAUUUAAAAAAACACACACAAUGAUUCUUUGGUGGGGUCUUUACAUUUGGAUAAGUUCAAAAUACAAAACUGUAUUAUGAUUAGAGAUUUGCCUUUGAAAUUAGUUGAACCAUUAGGUAUCUAGAAUUGUAAAGGCCAUGUACUUUGGAUCAUAGUUUCAUUUUCCAUCGGGUAAAACCUCCAGUAGAAAACGAUCUCUCAGUUCUUCGGUUCAUUGUUUGCAGACCCAACUGUUCGGUUCAUAUUGUGGUGAUGCAGAGCAGAGAGCAUUUUGAAAGGCGCAGACAAACAUCUUGGGGUGGAGGAAGACAACGGCCCUGAGCUAUUUCAUUCCGUGCUGCUGCUGUUUUAUCAUUAAUGAAACCUAAGGAUUAUGUACAGCCUAAGUUCCAUUCUACCUCAGUUUCUUAGUUAUCUCUGAAAGACACAUUCACAAAGACAGCACAAUGUCAGCACCUAUCCUGCUUAUUUGAACCCUUUGAAAGAACAGCAAACAGUAUUGUGCAGUUUGAAAAAUCUAUGAGCUUUACAUUUUGAUUAUGCCCAAAUAAAUCAUGUUUCUCAACCCAAUGCACUUAAAGGGGAAUGCCACUGAAUAUCAGGUUUGGUAUAGACUAUGUAUUUGCUUUAGGACAGUUUGGUCUGUGUUAGCCAACAUUCAUCGAUGAAUCAUGUUGCCAUAGCACCCACCCCCACCCCUACUCUACCCCGGAAUCUGAUGUCAAAUAGAAGACCUACAUGUGAGAGCAUUCCCAGUCUGAUGAUAUGUACAUAUUUCCUUGCUUUAAACCAUUUCUGUUAUUUAAAUUUAAUGUACAGAGAAUAAUUGUUUUGACCUUCAGAGUCCAUAACAGCAACAUUCAUAAAUUGAGUGGCACUUCUUUUUAAGAAUGUGUCUCAAUGGCUCAUCUCAGAAGGUCUAUACAUGAAAAUGCAGCUGUUUUUUUUUUUUUUUUUUUCCCUCAUCUUCACAUUCAAACUGUUACAGUGUUGUCCACAGUACAUUUUCAUGCAUCUUCAUGGUCAAUGAAAGAGUAGGUUUGACAGCUGAAUUGGCAAGUUAAGUUAUUGAAUGUAUUAUUUCCUCCGAGCAGUAAGGAAAGCAAAGCACUUGCACAAUGAAAACUGCCACUGAAGUAAAUGGUACUGUAUGUGUAUAAUACUGCAGAGGCACUAAAGGACCUUGCGUUUCUUUUCAAAAGGGGCUCCCUUCAUGUUUGCUUUCUAUUGCACAUGUUUUACCUGUUUAGUAUUUUAUUAGAUAGUGUGGAUAUUGAUUAACGGCCUCCUGGUUUGGUAUCAUUCAAUUCUCCCAGACCAAAAUGUGGAUGUAAAUAGAGCAUCCAAGACAACAGCAGAGAAACUGUCACUUACAUGAUUUAGUGAAAUAGUAACUCAACCCAACGCAAUUGAACUGUGGUAGGAUCGUUUCAUUUGUCAGAUUACAAACGUUCACAAGGGAAAUAAGUUUACACUACAUGAAUAGACAACAGUGUAGAAUAGGAAUUCCCAUAUCUGAUCACUUUUGUCGUCUUUUGUGUCGCAGCAAAACUUCUCGUUUACAUACUGUACAUCCAAAUUAGUAAUUAGGCUAGUAUUUAAAUGAAAUCACAGUAUGUUUUUGCUUGAACAAUAAAGGUUCUAGAAUUUCUGUGCUCCAACUUAAACAGUGUCAUAAGUCAUUGUACUUUCAGGGGUUAAUUAGUUGAAUUUUGUCUGGAAGCCAAAGCAAAACAUAUUUCUUUUAAAUAUGGUGGAAAAACUGCCAUUUAAUGCCACUUUGGAUAAACUGUGGAUAUUUUAAAUUGGACAAUUUAUGGCACUAUGACUGAGUAUUGUUAAGUUGGUACUAAAAUAUCUUCAAGAGAUAGGCUUAAGUAUGUGAGUUUGGUGACCCAUUUAGAGUUUUUUUAAGCCCCACCCUGUCAGAUUUCCAUAACAGCCAGAAAAAAGAGUGACGUAAUACCAGAUGCAUUGUCACACUGGAUUGUAUUGCACGCAUUUCCACAAUUGCUAAUUAAAUUUGGUUCAUUUCAAGAUAUUUGACAACAAAAUUGAUAAGAUGCCCCGAGUGCCAUUAACAAGCAGAAUUUGUAUGCGUACGAGGUUGACUGUUCGUGAUCUUGCAGAAAGAUGUGUGUGUAAUCCCUUCACAUAAUCUCAUCACAUAAUAUAAAAAAAAAACAACCGUCUCCCAGAACAUGAACUAAAGCACAGUGCAACAGAUGACACAUGGGUAAAAAUGUCCUUUGGUAAAUAGACAGUAAAAAGACUUGGAAUAUGAGUGUAUAUUUCACAAUCUCUAGACGAUACCAUUAAAAUAGUCAUUUAUUAUUGAGGACGGUGGGAUCAAAGAGCCUAAAGUCCCAAACAACAUUUGAGCGGAACCUGUGAUAAGCACAUCGAGUCUGACAGUGAUGCUGACUCAGUCACUUGAAUUGCUUUUUUUCCAAUGCUGUCCAUGUUUCUCUGGCUACUGUUUUUUUUUUUUUUUGUCUGUUUUUUUGGAAAACUGCUUUAAGUGCUUUUUGAUUCCAUCUUUAUGUAGUUUUAUAGUCCGGCAUUCUUUAUAACCAUUUCUACCUCAUUACUACAUAUUGUACAUGUAGUACUUAAGUCCUGUCCUUUGAAUGUCAUGCAUUUGUGGAUAAAAUGUAAAAAAAAAAAAAAAAAAGAAGAAAAAAAAAAGUUAAAAAGAAAAAAAAAGAAAGAAAGAAUAAAGCUUGCCCUGGAAUUGACUGAGCAGUCUACCUCACAAAGACUGUCUUUACACUGUCAAAUAAAGAUUACAGAAAAAGAAGGCACCUUGAGGACAAAAGAUUAAGUUAUUUUGCGCAUAUAGGACCGGCGAGCAGUUUAUUUCCAAAUCGAUACCAUGUUUUCACUGAAUUGUCGUGGACUGUGUAGCUUUUCUACAAGUAAAUGCAUUUGCCAUUCCAACAUUACAGAUUGCUUUGAUCCUUGUCCUUGUCAGUUGUUGUAAUGCGCAUGUUAACGUGUACGUAUGUGCACUUGCAAUUCCACUUGCAAGUCUGAGGGGCAUAACAUUACGAUGUGACAACUUUGAAUAUUCACUUUUCAUAAACGUGUACAGAGAAUCAACUUGCACAUAGCUGUAUGUAUUGUACAUUUGAUAUACAGCGUACAUACAAAAAUGCACCACAUACAUGUUUAUAUGUGUGUAUGUAUUGCCAUACUUACAGUACAGUCAAUUUAAAUGUAUUUUGAUUUCAAGGCACAUAAAGGUUAUAAAAAAAAAAACUGA